CCCCUCUCCGUGAAGCACAUUUCCUUCCUACUCUUUGCCUCUCUUAUCUGGGAGAAUUUUUUUCCCCAAAGCGAAGCAUGAACCGUCGUUAAGUGGAAAAUGGAGGCUGAAUUUUACAUGACGAUACUGACCUGCUUGAUCCUCGGGAGCUUGGAGGGCUUCCAGAUAGUCCACGUGCGCAAACAGCAGUGCCUCUCCAUAAAUCAGAAGGUGAUUAUGAGCUCAUGCAAUGGCACCAGCCACAACCAACAGUGGCUGUCAACUGAGAAUGGGAAGUUCCUUCACGUUAAAUCUGGAUUGUGCCUGAGCAUCUCCAACUCCUCAGGGGGCCCUUUCCGACCAGCGGUUGCCACUCCCUGUGCCCAGGCACCCCGAUGGACCUGCCAUGCUCAGGGAGGGUUCCUUGAGGUGGAUAACACCUCGCUCUUCCUCAAGAAACAAAACCGUAAGGUAGUGGUCAGGAAGAUCAGUAAAUACCUCGAUAGCUGGAUGAAAUUAGAACUCAACAAGGAGGGGAGACUGGUCAAUGAAAGCCUCUGUCUGAAGCAAGCUGGCCUGGGUACAGAAGUCUCGGUGCGGAUUACUAGAAAUUCAGCUGCCCCCCAGAUCCCCACUACUUCUAACACCAUCUCGUAUAACCCAGACCACAUUAGCAAUAUCACAGAGACGUUCCUCGGGAGCACUGCCAAGACCCUCGGGAGCACUACAGAGACCCUCAGGAGCACUGCCGAGACCCUUGGGAGCACUGCAGAGCCCUACAGUCAGAGCAGCAGCAAGAGAGAUCUCCCCAGCCUGCACAUGGCUGGAACUACAGACACAUCCUGGAGUCCGUCGACUACUCCACCUUUCUCUAGCACCACUGCAGAGACUGGAGUGGCAGAGCAAGUGAAAUGUAACUUCACGGUGCUGGAGUCCAAGGUCUCUAGCUUGUCAGCGUCUAUCCAGUGGAGGACGUUCGGGUCACCCUGUAACUUUAGCCUCAUCUACAGCAGUGAUACCUCAGGGCCCUUGUGGUGCCAUCCCAUUCUGAUAGACAACUUUACCUACGGAUGUGACCCCAAGGAUUUACAAGCAGGGACCAUCUAUAACUUCAGGAUUGUUUCUCUGGAUGGCGAAGAGAGAAGUCUGGUCUUACAGACAGAUCCCUUGCCCCCGGCCAGGCUUGAAGUCAACCCCGAGAGGACAACAUCAACCACCCUGCAGGUCCGGUGGACUCCCUCUUCUGGAAAAGUCACCUGGUAUGAGGUGCAAUUAUUUGAUCAAAACAAUCAGAAGAUACAGGAAGUCCAAGUUCAAGAAAGUGCCACAUGGAGCCAGUACACUUUUCUGAACCUCACAGCGGGUAGCAGUUACAAAAUUGGCAUCACAGCUGUUUCUGGAGGAAAGCGCUCCUUUCCGGUGUAUACCAAUGGAUCUACCGGGCCAUCUCCAGUGGAAGAUAUUGGCAUUUCCCCCAAUCCUAAUUCUCUCCUGAUUUCCUGGUCUCGUGGUCCUGGGAAUGUGGAACAAUUCAGGCUGAUGCUAAUGGAUAAAGGGGCCAUCGUUCAGGACACAAACGUGGACAAGCGGGACACUUCUUAUGCUUUCCGUGGGCUGACCCCUGGCCACCUCUACAACGUCACUAUUGUCACCAUGGCCUCGGGACUACAAAACUCCAGGUGGAAACUGGGGAGGACCGCUCCUAUGGAAGUCUCAAAUCUGAAGGUGACAAGUGGUGGCAGUUUGACCUCUCUAAACGUGAAGUGGCAAAAACCUCUUGGGGUUAUAGAUUCCUACAGCAUCACCCUGUCUCACCAAGGGACCGUCAAGGAAUCCAAAACACUACCACCUCGUGCUACUGAAAUUCAAUUUAAAGACUUAGUCCCUGGACGGUUUUACCAAGUUACCAUCCGCUGUGUCUCUGGUGAGCUCUCUGCUGAGAAGUCGGCAAUGGGCAGAACAGUUCCAGAAAAAGUGAGCAAUCUGGUUUCCUACAACGAGAUUUGGAUGAAGUCCUUUGCAGUGAACUGGACGCCCCCUGCUGGAGAUUGGGAUCACUACCGUAUCCUGCUCUUCAAUGACUCCUUGGUCCUGCUCAACACCACUGUGGGAAAGGAAGAAACACACUUUGCCUUGGAAGGCUUGGAGCUCAUACCAGGAAGACAGUAUGAGGUAGAAGUCAUCGUUGAGAGUGGAAAUCUGAGGAAUUCCGAGCGCUGCCAAGGCAGGACAGUCCCCCUGGCUGUCCUCCAGCUUCGGAUCAAACAGGCUAACGAAACCUCACUGGGCAUCACGUGGCGGGCCCCUCUCGGCGAAUGGGAGAAGUAUACCAUUUCACUGAUGGACAGAGAGCUCUUUGUCAUCCACAAGUCGCUCUCCAAAGAUGCCAAAGAAUACACUUUUACCAACCUGAUGCCUGGACGAAAUUACAAGGCCACCGUCACUAGCAUGAGUGGAGAUUUGAAGCAGUCAGCUUCAAUCCAAGGAAGAACAGUUCCUGCCCAAGUGACUGACUUGGAGGUCAGCAACCAAGGGAUGACCAGUAGUCUGUUCACUAACUGGACAAAGGCGUUAGGAGAUGUAGAAUUCUACCAAGUUUUACUGAUCCAUGAAAAUGUGGUCGUCAAAAACGAGAGUGUCUCCAGUGACUCCAGCUGGUACAGCUUCCGGGCUCUGAGAUCCGGCAGCCUCUACUCCGUGGUGGUGACCACGGUGAGCGGAGGGAUUCCUUCCCGGCAGGUGGUGGCGGAAGGAAGAACGGUCCCGUCCAGCGUGAGUGGGGUGACAGUCAACAAUUCUGGCCGGAAUGAUUACCUCAGCGUCUCCUGGCUGCCAGCACCUGGAGAAGUGCAUCACUACGUGGUGACCCUGUCCCACGACAGCAAGGUGGUUCAGUCCCUCAUCACUGCCAAAUUUGUCAGCGAGUGUUCUUUCAGCUCCCUCACCCCAGGCCGCCUCUACAAUGUGACCAUAACCACCAAGAGCGGCAAUUAUGAAAGUCACUCCUUCAGUGAAGAACGGACGGUGCCUGACAAAGUCCAGGGAAUCAGUGUUAGCAACUCUGCCAGAAGUGACUACUUAAAGGUGUCCUGGGUCCAUGCCACUGGAGACUUUGACCACUAUGAGGUCACCAUCAAAAACAGAGACAGCUUCAUUCAAACCAAAAGCAUCCCCAAGUCAGAAAAUGAGUGUGUGUUUGCUCGGCUCGUCCCCGGACGCCUGUACAGCAUCACCGUCACUACAAAGAGUGGACAAUACGAAGCCAGUGAACAAGGGACGGGGAGAACAAUCCCGGAGCCUGUGAAGAACCUCACACUUCUCAACAGGAGUACGGAGGAUCUCCACGUGACUUGGUCAAGAGCCAAUGGGGAUGUGGACCAGUACGAGGUCCAGCUGCUCUUCAAUGACAUGAAAGUCUUCCCUCCUAUUUACCUGGUGAACACAGCAACUGAGUAUCAGUUCAGUGCACUCACACCGGGGCGCCAUUACAAAAUCCUCGUCCUGACCAUCAGCGGCGACGUCCAGCAGCCAGCCUUCAUUGAAGGCCUCACGGUUCCCAGCACGGUCAAAAAUAUUCACAUUUCGGCCAACGGAGCCACAGAUAGGCUGACGGUAACCUGGAGCCCUGGUGGUGGAGAUGUUGACUCGUACGUGGUGUCUGCGUUCAGGCAGGAUGAGAAGGUUGAGUCUCACACUCUCCCCAAGCACGGCUCGGAACACACUUUCCACAGGCUAGAGGCCGGCGCCACCUACAGGAUUGCCAUCGUUUCUGUCAGUGGAUCCCUGAGAAACCAGAUAGAUGUGCUUGGGCAGACAGUUCCAGCGUCUGUCCAUGGGGUCGUUGCAGACAAUGCGUACAGCAGUAACUCCUUAACAGUGAGCUGGCAGAAAGCCCUUGGUAUGGCAGAGAGAUAUGAUAUCCUGCUUCUAAGUGAGAAUGGAGUUCUUCUGAGCAACACAUCAGAGCCAGCGACCGUAAAACAGCACAAGUUUGAAGAUCUAACGCCAGGCAAGAAAUACAAGAUGCAGAUCCUAACAGUCAGCGGAGGCCUCUUUAGUAAGGAAGUGGAGACUGAAGGCCGAACAGUCCCAGCAGCUGUCACCAAUCUGAGGAUCACAGAGAACUCCAGUAGACACCUGUCCUUCAGCUGGACUGCCUCGGAGGGUGAACUCAGCUGGUACAACAUCUUCUUAUACAACCCAGACAAAACUCUUCAGGAACGAGCUCAAGUGGACCCGCUAGUUCAGAGCUUCUCUUUCCAGAACUUGCUACAAGGCCGAAUGUACAAGAUGGUGAUUGUUACUCACAGUGGAGAGCUGUCCAACGAGUCCUUUAUAUUCGGCAGAACAGUCCCAGCCGCCGUGAACCAUCUCAAAGGAUCCAAUCGAAACAUGACAGACAGCCUUUGGUUCAGCUGGAGCCCGGCCUCCGGGGACUUUGACUUCUAUGAGCUGAUUCUCUACAAUCCUAACGGCACAAAGAAGGAGAACUGGAGAGAGAAGGAUGUGACAGAGUGGCGUUUCCAAGGUCUCAUUCCUGGAAGGAAAUACACCCUGUAUGUGGUGACUCACAGUGGGGACCUCAGCAAUAAAGUCACAGGGGAGGGCAGAACAGCCCCAAGUCCUCCCAGUCUUUUGUCAUUCGCCGACGUUGCCAACACCUCCUUGGCCAUCACCUGGAAGGGACCCCCGGACUGGACAGACUACAAUGACUUUGAGCUGCAGUGGCUCCCUGGAGAUGCGCUUACUGUCUUCAACCCCUACAGCAGCAAAAAAUCAGAAGGACGAAUUGUGAAUGGGCUUCGCCCAGGGAGGUCCUAUCAGUUCAGUGUCAAGACCGUGAGCGGGGAUUCCUGGAAAACCUACAGCAAACCAAUUUCUGGGUCUGUGAGGACAAAACCAGACAAGAUCCAAAACCUGCAUUGCCGCCCUCAGAACUCGACGGCCAUUGCCUGCUCUUGGAUACCACCUGACUCCGACUUCGAUGGCUACAGCAUUGAAUGUCGAAAAAUGGACACCCAAGAAAUUGAGUUUUCCAGAAAGCUGGAGAAAGAAAAAUCACUGCUCAACAUCAUGAUGUUAGUGCCUCAUAGGAGGUACCUGGUGUCCAUCAAGGUGCAGUCGGCCGGUGUGACCAGCGAGGUGGUUGAAGACAGCACCAUCACCAUGAUAGACCGCCCUCCGCCGCCGCCUCCACAUAUCCGAGUGAAUGAGAAGGAUGUGCUGAUCAGCAAAUCUUCCAUCAACUUCACUGUCAACUGCAGCUGGUUCAGCGACACCAACGGGGCUGUUAAAUACUUCGCCGUGGUGGUGAGAGAGGCUGACAGCAUGGAUGAGUUGAGGCCAGAACAGCAGCAUCCUCUCCCUUCCUACCUGGAGUACAGACACAAUGCCUCCAUCCGCGUCUACCAGACCAAUUAUUUCGCCAGCAAAUGUGCAGAAAGUCCCGACCCUGACCGCAGUUCUAAAAGUUUUAACAUUAAGCUUGGAGGAGAGAUGGACAGUCUUGGUGGCAAAUGUGAUCCCAGUCAGCAAAAAUUCUGCGAUGGACCACUGAAGCCACACACCGCCUACAGAAUCAGCAUCCGGGCUUUUACACAGCUAUUUGAUGAGGGCUUGAAAGAAUUCACAAAACCUCUCUAUUCGGACACGUUCUUCUCUAUGCCCAUCACCACGGAGUCAGAGCCCUUGUUUGGAGUUAUUGAAGGUGUGAGUGCUGGCCUGUUUCUAAUUGGCAUGCUGGUGGCCCUUGUCGCCUUCUUCAUCUGCAGACAGAAAGCUAGCCAUAGCAGAGAAAGGUCAUCUGCCCGUCUGAGCAUCCGUAGGGAUCGGCCUUUAUCUGUCCACUUGAAUCUGGGCCAGAAGGGCAACCGGAAAACUUCCUGUCCCAUAAAGAUAAACCAGUUUGAAGGGCAUUUCAUGAAGCUGCAAGCAGACUCCAACUACCUUCUCUCCAAGGAAUAUGAGGACUUAAAAGAUGUGGGUAGAAGCCAAUCAUGUGACAUUGCCCUCUUGCCUGAGAAUCGAGGGAAAAAUCGAUACAACAACAUAUUGCCCUAUGAUGCCUCGAGAGUGAAGCUUUGCAACGUAGAUGAUGACCCAUGCUCUGACUAUAUCAACGCCAGUUACAUCCCCGGUAACAACUUCAGAAGAGAAUACAUCGCCACUCAGGGACCGCUUCCGGGCACCAAGGAUGACUUCUGGAAAAUGGCGUGGGAACAAAAUGUUCACAACAUCGUCAUGGUGACCCAGUGUGUGGAAAAGGGCAGAGUAAAGUGUGACCAUUACUGGCCCGCAGACCAGGACCCCCUCUAUUAUGGUGAUCUUAUCCUGCAGAUGGUCUCGGAAUCUGUGCUCCCCGAGUGGACCAUCCGGGAGUUUAAGAUAUGCAGUGAAGAACAGUUGGAUGCACACAGACUCCUCCGUCACUUCCACUACACGGUGUGGCCAGACCAUGGGGUCCCAGAGACCACCCAGUCCCUGAUCCAGUUUGUGAGAACGGUCAGGGACUAUAUCAACCGAAGCCCAGGGGCCGGGCCCACCGUGGUGCACUGCAGCGCUGGUGUGGGCAGAACAGGGACAUUUGUUGCCCUGGACCGGAUCCUCCAGCAGUUGGACUCAAAGGACUCCGUGGACAUUUAUGGGGCAGUGCAUGACCUAAGACUCCACAGGGUUCACAUGGUCCAGACCGAGUGUCAGUACGUCUAUCUGCAUCAGUGUGUGAGAGACGUCCUCAGAGCAAGGAAACUGCGGAACGAACAAGAAAACCCCCUGUUUCCGAUCUAUGAAAAUGUGAAUCCAGAGUAUCACAGAGAUGCAAUGUACUCGAGACAUUGAGAAUUCACCUGGAGAUCCCCUGGAUAAAAGUUUUUCACUGUGUGACUUUAAAAGAAAAAACAAAAACAACAAAAACAAAAACAAACCUUGCUUCAUGCCCUGUGGGGGUGCCAGCUGUUUCUGUUGAUACUAUGUAUAAUUUAUUAAUCUGAAGAAUGUUACAGAAUGUAUGUAAUUUAAAGGUAACAGAUAUUAUUGUAUAUACUUGUAUUUUGUGGUUUCUCCUGUAAAUAUGUAUUUUUUCAUCAUGUUUAAGAUGAAGGUUUAUAUACACUGUUUUUCCACACUGAGAGUGUUCCUGGCUUGUUCUACAUAAACCCAUUCAGCCUGUGUGACAGGACCACUGGUAAAAUGUGUGUAGAGGAAGUUGCAAGGACAGUCCCUGGGGCUGUUUCUUACCUGUCCUGAUAGUCACUGGGAAAGCAAAAGUCAGAGCUGGACAGGGCACACCAAGGCUAGCUUUCUUAUGUUGUGAAUGAACCCUGGGAUAUAAGGCUUUCUUAGGAAUGAACCCUGGGAUCUUAAGAGUAUAACCGUCGGAGAAAGGGUAGGGCUGUAGUAGACCAUAUGCCAAGAAAUUAAAAAUCAAUUAAUGGUUAAAAGGAGGAUUCAACAGCACCAAAGCUGAGCUAGGUGUUAUCUAAACUAGAAGCUUCUUGUCAGACUCCUCCCAGGGUCCCAAGCCAUGGGCACCUUGAAGCGAAUGAUGCUAACGGGUAAGGAGUGCUCUUGACAGAAAUGCCAGCAACACCUCUGACUGGAACCUCCUGCAUAAAGCAGGGUGCCACCCGCAAGGGUCCCAGUUUGUUUUCCUCUGGAAAGAGUUACAGUGGUAGAUUAUGCUCCUGACCAGAGAAAGCAUGGUAUGCCAACAUGUCCAUAGAGAGAUCUACAACAUCAUAUAUAAUGAGUUAAAAAGUAAGUGAUGGUUAAAAAAAAUCAACCCCAGCUCUCCUUUGUCUAAAAAUCCUUCAAAAGUUCUUUCUAACUAACUUGAUGCAGUUAAAAUGUUGUCAAGAUUCACCUGAAGCUCCAUUUAAUAUAAGCGACACCACACGCCCUACCAAUUUCAUCAUUAAGAUCUGUGUUUUAUUUGACUAUAAAUAAUUCCACGAGACAUUGACCAGAUCAAGGCCCAAUGGGUGGGUCUUUCCUGAGGAAGGUCUAGAAAGAGCCCCGUGGUUGCCUGAGGGAGAUGUAGAGCUUCCAUUGCAGAAACAGCACACUUCUCCCGGACAUACGCACUUUUGCUACAUGUCGUACAUUCCCACAAUAAAACGGACAUAAUUGGCAUAACAAUUGGAAACAAUUAACGAUACCCAUUGUAUAGGCAUGAAUCAUUGUAACUUUAGCUUGUAAAUAUAAUGUGAUAGUCAUAAUUUCCCAACUACAUGCCCAGGCUGGAAAUGUUUUUAUGGAGUGUUCAAAGUUUAUAGAAACAGAGGAACUGUCCCUAAGGAUUCCUGUGUGCAGCGUUCAGAAUUCUCAGUGUCCCUGAGCUCUGUACCCUUGUGAAAAUGAUACAGGGUGGCCCUGUGUCCAGAAACGUGUCUGAGGAAGAGAGGGGCAAGCAUAUCUGUAACUAGGGGGGAAGUAGAGGUCAGGCAUGGUUUCGGCGUGGUGUCUGUUAGUAAUCAUUGUUUUCUUAGAGGAAAAAGAAAAGGCUAGGCUGAGGGAACAGCUAUGAGGUAGCCUGCCCGUGUGUCUACCUCUCCCUCCUCCUGAGAAGAGAAAAGAAAGAGGGGGGCGGGGUGGGGGAACUGCAAACCAGUGUUGCUUGGCGCAAAACAUGUUGAUAACCUGGGAAGAGAAGCUCAUUUUCAUUUUGAGGAAAGCUCCAGCAAGGGCCUGGGACCUGCAGGGCACGGAUCCAAAAUCCAUUUCUUUGUCCUCAAGGAGAGAAGCACGGUGGAGUGAAGUUAGCAUUGUUACUGUUUUCAUUGGGAAGUGGAAGAGGUCUGGGUGAGGGGAGGAGACCAGGGUAUGGCCGUUCUUAGGGCGCCUACUAGCAAAGGCUGGAGCUGUUUCUAUGGCAAGUCACUAGAUGUAGAGGAGAGAGUAGUGAUUUGCACACACAGCAGCUACAACCACAAGGCCCCUGCAUGUCUGUAACCGUGACUGACACACACCUCAAAGCAUCGCAGGUGAAGUCGGAAUUCCAGAACUGAGCACAGCCACACAGCCAGGGGAUGUCAUGCAUUCUUGUUCUCUGUCCCACGGAAUACUAAUCCCUCCCCUAUACUAGUUUUAAAGCCCCCUUAGCAACAAACGCUUCUCUAUGCAAUCUCUCUCGGGAAGAUGUAAUACAGAUCUUGCUGAUCUACCCGUCCAGUUUAGUAGAGAGCCAGACUGGAAAUGUAGCUGCUGAUAGUAAGCUUGCCAGGCAUGUGGGAGGCCUGGGCUCAGUCUCAGUUACCACAAAAUAAGCAAGGAGAGAAAAAGAAAGUCUCCUUCGCGGUUCGUUCUGUUGGGCGCAUCCCCCCUUAAUUGCUUCAUGUGGCUGCGCCUCGGUAAACACUCCACGUCCUGCCAUGCCGGGCAUCCUGUCUGCACCUGAGCGUGUCUCUGUACUCAUUAAAGCUUUCAAGUACUUCAAGGCUCUCAGACCUUGAGAGAGUCUGUUUUGCAUCUUAAUAAUUAUUUACCCAGGUUCCUUAUAAUUAACUCCUCUAAUCCUUCACAUUAAAUCAAUUUCACAUUAUCAUUCUGCUUUGCUCUGGAAAGGUGCCAAGUUUCCCACUCCUGAAUCAGAUUUUUUCAGAGACGCAUUGCCCUGUCUGGGCUUGCAAACAUUCAUCCUGAGGAACUUCCCGCCCUUUAGCACCUGGCAUUCCACUGUCCUGUUUGUUGCUUGCUGUUUCUUCUCACUGUGCCAGUCAGAUGUGACUUUAUUCUCUGUCCAUCUCAUUCAUCUCCUCCCACCCAUCGCUAGCACCUCAUAACCUCAACACCAUGCAAGAGCGAUUAAGACUUAGUUUUUCAACACUGAAACGGCAGCAACAUAGCAAUUUGGGGUCAGUUAUAUUUAGGAGGGCUCUGUAAUUAAUUUUGUUAUUACCUCUUGGAAGAAAGCCCAAAAUGAUAUGAGAAAAUUAUGUGAAAUGCUUUAACAGAUGUCCGGCGACACCAGAAAUAGGACACUCAUGUUACACUUCGCAGUGCUUCUCUUGGCUCCGUGUUAAGGCUCUAACUCCUUAUAUUAAACACUUUCUGAUCCCAUUGCAAAAAAAUAGAAAAAGAGAGAGAGAAAAGGAAGGAAGGAAGGGAGGAAGGAAGGAAGGAAGGAAGGAAGGAAGGAAGGAAGGAAGGAAGGGAGGGAGGGAGGAAGGAAGGAAGGGAGGAAGGGCUGCCAUGAACUAAUUCUUGUUUAGUUAGUUUAUGGGCAUUUUGGAAGGUUGAGUCCUGAAGUUACUAGAUCUCUAUUUUUGCCUGGGAGCCCCAGCCAUGGAACACAGUAGAAUUUUUUGUUCACACAAGCUGCCCGGACCAAACCUGACCAUGCCAUGCUGAACACAGGUGAUAAGCCAUAGCUGCUUGUUUGUAGAAACAGUUCGGAGGUUUUCUGAGUUCUGUUUCAGUUGGGGGGAAAAAUGAAUGUGAUUGACCAGACAAGAGUGGAAAGAAGGCCUGGGCAGUCCCAGAGAGCAAGCUCUCAUUCCUGAGGAGUCGACAGAAACGAGGCACAGCCGCCUGAGUGCCCCGCUUCCAUUCCGAGGAUCGUGAAUCCAAGCUUGAGGAGUUCGGCGUUCAAAGAAUGUUUCACAGCAAAGGAAGCUCGGCCACGACUGCAGAGAGGAAGUGAAAUGAUGAGAGGGGAACUGUUGGAGAAGAGAGCACCAAGGCGGACAUCAGGAAGGCAGAAUGGCCUGUCUUCCUUCUUGGGACAGCCUUCAAACAUCUCAUCAUGUAUUUCUGUUAGGAUGUCCCUAAUCCCAAAAUCUGAAGCUCAAGGUGCUCCCCAGUUCAAGGGUUUUUGAGCACUAACUUGACUCCGUGGUAAGUUCUACAGCUGGCCUUGUGUGAUCCAUCAGUCAGAACACAGCUCCAUUAAAACUACCAUGUAGACUUACCAUCAGCCACGUGUACAGGGUACCUGAGGGACUGAAAUGAACUGCAUGUUUAGACUUGAGAUUCAUCCUCAAGACUCAUAUUUAUUCAGAUAUUCCAAAUUUAUUUUAAAAGCAGAUUCCGAUCCAGAGCCUUUCAGGUAAAGGGUCUCUCUGACUUGCGUGACUGUUGGUAGGGUUCACUGUGACCAUGUAGGUCAAGCUAUCUGGCUGGUUCAACAGUUGGAUUGGUUCCCUUGGUUUUUGAAUUAGCUAAGUCCAUAGUGCUUGUCACUGCAGAUGAAGCAACUUAGAGUCUUAUCCUCCAGGAUAACCAGGUAAGAAAUAGUGUUUGGCCAUUUCGGUUGAAACCCAGGGUGACAUUCAAUGCAGCUGUGAUAACAGCAAAAAUCUGAUCUCUUCUAAAACUGUGAGUAGCACUGGAAACACUUCCACCUCUGGUUGAAUGUACUUGACCGAAGGUGGCUUCCUUGGAAUAAAUACAUGCAUUUUAUUUUUUAAGGAUUGUCUAUAUAGAUAGCAUUCAUUAAGUAUGGGCAUUGUUGGUGAAUGCUUCCCAGGAUAGAUGUUUAUAUAGUGGAAAUACAAAAGAUUUAUUAAAAGAUACGCCAAAGAUUAUUUUUUAGCCUACAUGCCAAUGCACAUAAUCUUAUGUAAGACACCAAAGGAAGUUGUUCAAAUCUGUAAAUAGUGUCAGACAAAUGUAACAUGUCCCUUCUCAGAAUAGUCGCAAGAAGGGUUGGUCUCUGCCUCAAGUAAUUUUCUUUAAGAAAUGCCUUCCUUGCCCCAACAGCAAGAUUUCCCAUUAUGUCUGUGAUGUGUUUUGAUACCCGUGUGUGUAAAUAUGCAUUGCAUUGAGAAGGGGUCCAUGUGACUGUGGCUUUAGAAAUCCAAUAGCCUCCAUCUGCCAGCUAGUGGGGAAGGUCUACACCGGAGUUCAGAGUCCUCUGGCCUCAGCCACACUGACAAGAGAGGCCACAAGGUCCCCACUUAAAGAGCGCUUCAUCUUGGCCAUUGUUGUGUUCAAUUCUCCAAGAACAAAGAGCAAGUCUCUUCCGCUUAACUCCCUCCACACAGGGAACAGUUCCGGGCUCACACGCCCUGUAUGCACGGGUUAGAGCGGAAGUUGGUUCUGGCUGUGUGCUUUGGAGUCUAAAGUCCACAGAGGUGCAUUUAGCUGCUCCAUCAUCUGUGUGAAUCAUAAUAUAUAUAAUGUAAAUAAACUGAGCAACUGAACCUCUUAUGUUCUAUAAUAGAGCACUUUCCUGGUUUUGAAAUCAUUUACGUUCUCCGCAAAUCUAGCAAAAUGGCAGUAAAUGUAUUUUUUCACACUACAGCAUUCUACCCACGCUAUUGCACUGCAACCAGUAUUGUUUGAACAAAGAACCUCAUCUAUCUCUCUAUUUAAAUAAUGUAUGUGCUUAAUAUAUUUUCAGAUAUGUAAUUGUGGUUAAAGGAAACCUAUAUGGAAUCUUGCACAAACCCUCACUGAUGUAAGAAUAAAACUGCUGCUCAUUGAAA